AGUGGGGGAUGGGCUGUGAAUGCGACUGUAUAUGCCACCUCUGCCUCCUUCCGCCUGGGGCGGGAGGGGGCUUGGCAAUGGAUACAGAGGGGGCAAUGGCGGGGAAGAGCUUGCGAGGACACAGGGGCCAGCUCUCUCAGGGCAAGAAGACCGCACCCACCCAGAAACCUCCGGAGCCUUGAGUCGUGCAGGGUGCUCACCAUUCCACCCCACCCGCACCGCCUCUGCCGUCACUCACGGCUGCCGCUUGCUGGCUCUCUGGUGCGCUCCGCGCCACAGGCACCUGCUCGCCCAGCGCUGGGCGCUCACUUCCCUCUCUCACACUGCGGACUCCUGGUCUUCACUGUCACCUGGCUUUGCUUCUGGCCGGACACAGCGCUCCGCCCUUCUCGCAGUCUCCUGGCACCCAUCCACCCGCCAUGGCCCGGGUCUGGGCCAAAGAGUGGUGUGGCUCGUGGCCCAAACCUGGGUCUGUGCGCCGCGGUUGAGCGCCCACUCGCCUAGCCGAGAGUCGGGAAGAAACCGGCGGGGGCGGGGGCGGCGGCGGCGGCGGCGGCGGCGGCGGCGGCGGCGGGAGAGCUCGGCGGGAGCCGGAGGAGGUGGCAGUCGGGAGCCCAGCCAGGAGACCGGGAAGCAGAAGCUGGUAGCUCUCAGGCACUCACCCGGUUCUCCAAGGAUGGGUCCUGGCGCAGCCCGGCUAUUGCCCGGCCCGCCGGGCAAAGACUGAACUGCGGACCCCCAAUUUUCCUGUGAACCACCGGGCCGAAGGAGGUACGGACCAAAGGAGCCUCCUGGCCGGACCUCGUCUCCUGUGCCUCCAGAGCAGCGCCCCCCGCCUGACCCGCGCCGGGCUAGCCCUCAAGAAACCGGAUUGAUUGGCGGCCGGCGGCGGCUAGGGGAGGGGGCGCCGUGCAGGGCUAUGGCAGGCUCCGAGGAGUCCUAGCCCGAACUCAAGCCGGAGCCGAGCCCACGCUGCUGCCGCCGCCGCCUCUCCGCGCCGGGCCCCCGCCGCCGCCGCAACCCUGCGGGAGAUGGAACAGCGGAACCGGCUCGGCGCCCUGGGAUACCUGCCACCUCUGCUGCUGCACGGCCUGCUGCUCUUCGUCGCCGACGCUACAUUCACCGAAGUCCCCCAAGAUGUAACCGUACGGGAGGGAGAAGAUAUCGAAAUGCCCUGCGCGUUCCGGGCCAGCGGAGCCACCUCAUACUCGCUGGAGAUUCAGUGGUGGUACCUUAAGGAACCUCCCCGGGAGCUGUUACACGAGCUGGCUCUCAGCGUGCCGGGCGCCCGGAGCAAGGUAACAAAUAAGGAUGCAACUAAAAUCAGCACCGUGCGUGUCCAAGGCAAUGACAUCUCGCACCGCCUUCGGUUGUCUGCUGUACGACUGCAGGACGAAGGAGUUUAUGAGUGUCGAGUGUCGGACUACAGCGACGACGACACUCAGGAACACAAGGCCCAGGCAUUGCUGCGAGUGCUGUCGCGCUUCGCACCGCCCAACAUGCAGGCUGCUGAGGCAGUGUCCCACAUUCAGAGCAGUGGCCCACGUCGACACGGAGUCCCCAAUGUUGUCAGCUCCAGUAACGCAGGCGCUGCUGCCGGUACCACCUCUGAACCCCAGCACAGCAGCUACAAGAACGCACUUCCUGGGAGCCCUCCUGCUGUACCAGAAGUUCCAGAGGCCGCUGCUGCCGCUGCUGCCGCUGCUGCCUCUGCAACCCACACAGCCACUACCACUGCUGCUGCUUCAUCAGCGUCACCGCCAUCAGGGCAGGCUGUCCUUCUGCGCCAGAGGCAAGGAUCCGAGGGAAGAGAGUUGAAGAUGGGGCCCUCAACCAGUUAUGAAAGCACAUGGAGGUUGAUACCCACUUUCUCAGGGGCUAAAGUCUGGGGAGGCAAGGAGCUGAGGUUAGGAAUCGUCAGAAUAGAAGAUCAGAAAAAUGAACUACUGCCUUGUGAGGAUUUAGGAUGCUGGGAAAAAGCUGUAACUACUGUGCCAAGUACCUCUUCUUCUAAGAAGCCCCCCUCUCCAACCAACUCAGAGGGAAACCAUCUCCAAUGCCCACUCCUAGUGUCUGAUUUUAAAUAAUUAAACCCUGCCUGGAUCCCUCUUCUCAGUCUUGUGCAAUGCCUAUUUCCCAUGAAGGGAUCUCUACUGGUAUUACAACCUGUAAGUCAUAUAGCACUGAUGGGUCAGGGCACUGUCUUGCCCCCAGGUUGGCUGGUCUCAAAGUUCAUUUACUGCUGCAAACUAAGAAUGCAGGCUCCUAGACUGUCCUCCUGGAAUCCGAGGGGAUAGGCCUCACAUCACCUUUUAUUCUACCCUAUUGCUAAUCCUUAAGCCCUUGGACAUUUGGAAGCAGCUGUCCAUUCUGAGCAUCAAUUCAGCCUUGUUUCUCCCUCAGUUACUCUUCCUGUGGGAGACUGUACUGUGUCUCCCUCCUCCUAAGGAAACUGCUUUGUAUGUAUGUCCCUCAUGAUAGUCUGUGCUAUGCUUUCCUACGAGACUGUACUGUAUCUCCCCCAGCAGAGUCUGUUCGGACACACACACACACACACACACACACACACACACACACACACAGGGCAACAGCAGCUUAUUCUAUGUUUCAUCUUCCUUGUGUGAAUCUACUGUGUGUCUCUCCUGGAAACUUAACUCUGUCCUCAUCCUCUGGGAAUUGGAAGGUGUUUUGUUACUUUUAGCUCCAGGGCCCUACAAGACCUCCCCCUCCAAGCCAUGAAAAGAUGGGUUAGCUCCCAAGAACCCCCAGCUCUCCUCUUCAUCUUGGGAUUUUCUACCAUCUGUAUUAAUUUAAGAUAAUGUUAGGUGCUAUGGCAAAGCCCCAAAAUGUCAGUAGCUCAACACACUCCAAAUUUAUGGUCUUGUUGCAUCAUAUCUUGUCCUGAGGUAGGAAUGACAUAUUCUGUUUAGUCAUUCAGAAAUCCUGGCUGGCAGACUGUAUUAGCUCCAGCAAGCAGCUCCAAAAGUCUCUCUGGGAAGCAACAUAUAGCAGCAUACAAGCAUAUAAGGGAAUAGAGAUAGAAAUGUCCUUUUGACACAGUUCUAGCAGAGAAUGGAUCCCUAAAGCUAUAAGGUAUGCAUGGUGCACAGUGAAUUCACUUAUUUCCUAUGUAUUUAAAUAGCUCUGUGUGUGCAAUAUUUGUGAGAAACUGAGGAAGGUGUCACUCCAACCAUUCUAUAGUGCUGCUUCAUUUUCUCUGAGAAAAGUCAUUCAGGAAUGGCAGGUUGGGUUUCGAAGGACCAGAUGAGAACACCUGACCUCAUCUACUGACCAUCAUGUGAUCCCAUAUAGAUGCAAGGGUUUGGGGGAAAUGUGUCAGUUGUUUUGACAACUGUUUUCCAGCUUCAUCUCUCUGCAAUGGAAGAGGGCACAACUUUUGAAAGAACUAACAGUCUCUGUGUAGCAAAACUGGGUGUGUUAGGAAAAUGUUUAUUGACUCAUGCUAUGAUUGGCUUAAUUGCUGCUGAUUAAAAGACCCUUCUGUCCUUUUCUCUCAGAAAGUAGGAAAUAAGUAUAUGUGGCAGAGUGGAACAAACCUCUGGACUGCUCCUAAGAGCAGUGAAAAACAGACAAUGUGAAAGCCCAGAGAAGAGUUAUGUUUAUGCCGUCUAUGACUUUGUGUGUUACUUUAGUUAAGUGCUUUAGCAUCUCUGUAAAAUGAACAGUGUAUUAAUCUGACUUUUCAAUGGUAACAAAUUGGAACGAUUUAAGAAACAACUAGGCUCAUGGUUUCAGACUUUCCAAUUCAGAUACUCCAUUGCUUCUGGACCACAGUGAGGCAGACCAACAUAGCUAGGUACAUAGAGAGAGGGAGCUCAGUGUGGGAACUUCUGUGCAUACAUGCUCAUCAUCAUUGCUGUGGCCUAAGAUGUUCUGGCUGGAGAGGAAAAGAGGAGAAAAUGAAUAAGCUGGCAGCUGAAGACCAAGCUGUAGAGGGGCCUUAAGAGAUGAAUGGCACUAACAGUGUUGAUUGGAGGGUUUGACCUGGAAAGUACCAUGUACUUGAGAUUCAUAAAAGUGAACUUGGCCACACCCAUGAAACUGUAAUGAGAUAAAGGACAUGAGCUCACUCCUAUUUGAUGCUCCUAUUCUUUUGCUAGUGCCUGGCCCUUGAGAGCUACACUGGCCUUGAGAAUCAAGUAUGGCCAGUCUGUAUGUUCGCUACUGGAGUUGGAUGAGCAAGUGAGGAUGCUCUAAGGCCUUUUCCCUCCCAACAGAGAAUUCAUUCCUGGACUGGGAUGAUAUACUACAUCCUAAGAGACAUAGGUCUUUGCAGGAGAACUCUGACAGCAGAGUUGUCAGAGCUAUCUGACAGCAGGUGGGGUCUUGGAUGUCUGCCAGUAACAGGGCACUAGAUUUAUGCCACAGUGGUCAGGGUGGCAACCAGGUUGGGAUUUUUGUUUGUCUUUACUGUGGGGGGCAGUAGUUUUCACUGCCAUUCUGAAAGUGCAAGCAGCUGGGCUCCCUGCAGGAAAGACAGUGCAGUACUGUCUCGCUCUUGAUAUUUCCAUUGCUCAGUGAACUUUACCAGCUUCUACACAGGCCAAGAAGUGGCAUCUCUCAGACCAAGCCCUGAUUUCUCUCCAGCUCCCUCUUGAGGAUGAAAGGGGGUCAGAUGAAGUCAGCAAGCCUAUGCCCUUCCCCUAUCCUUGUGCCCUCUUCAGGAAGUCCUUGGAAGAGCUGCUUAUUUGUAGGUAUCCAGUAUCCCACUCAGAGUCUGGAGAAGUGAGACAUAUGACUUCUAAUCUGCAAGUGCACCUAACAGUUUUGAUUCAAAGGAAAGAACCACUCUCAGUGGGUGAGGUUGAGACCUUUAGAAUGUUUUCAUUGUUGGUACUAACCUUCUGCAAGACUCCCUGGCUUGAUGUCAACUCUGGGUCCCCAGGGAGACAGCAGGCUCAGGGAUAUCUCAGAGCCCCCAACAGCAAGAGACUACAGCAUGUUCUGAGUCGGCCUCCCUAGAUCCUUUCCAAUGCACAGAUCUAAGUCAGAGAAGCCCAUUGUUCUUGGUUAACAGGCAGACAUGUUUAUAGUACUUCUCAGUCAGGAUACUGGUAGAGCAGAUGGCACAGUCAAGCAGAGUCAGUGAGGGGCAUUGGCACAGGAUAUAUAUGGAGAUGAAGGCAGGGUUAGGCCAGCCAGCAGAGGAAGGUUGCAAGUCCCCAGGACUGGCAGCAACAGUAGCUGUUAGUGUCUAUAUGAUGCAGAAAGGGUGAGGGCAAUGAGAUUGGUAGAAGUCAGAGCAGCUGGGAACAAUGUUCUAAGAUCAAUUCUGUGGUCUCAAAGUCUCAAUAGAGGGACUUAGUUGGCUUUUCAUGACCCAAAAAGGACCUGAUUUCUUUCUUGCAUGUUUCUGACUUGUCCUCUUAUUAGCCAAACCCUUUUAAAAGCCAAAGACAAGGGCAUAGAGAGAAACUGUCUAGAGAGGCAAGCCCUAGGGCUUAGAGUACAGUGAAGAAGGGCAAAGAAAGGACCCAGGGGACUGAAAGUGUCACCUCAGCCUUGGUGUAGUGCAUCUUAGCCUUUUCAGAUCAACAACUUCAAGAGUUACAUACACAGUUGAUCCUAAAAGGUCUUCAAAUGCCCAUAUUUGUGAAGUGAGCUAUUUCAACAUUGCCAGGAAGGAGUAACAGGGCAGCUUGCUUAAAGUAUUGCCACAUUGCCCAUUUUCAGCCAGGAAAGAAAACAUUUUCUCUACUCACCUGUGCCCAGCAUGACCAUAUAUGCAUUUGCACUAAAAGUUUAUUUUAAAACUCAUUUGUUUCAUGUCUCAUUUGUCAAGAGACAUUUUAGUAUACAUGCUUAAAAUAACCAUGGAUUGGAUUAGCAAAGCAGAGAAGAGCAGAGAAGGCUGUGUCCCUUCCUCACUGUAUGAGCCAAUCUGGCUACUCUUGUGAAUGCUGAUCCACUGUCAUGAACAUUUUCCAUUGAAAGUUGGGGGAGACAGAAUAUCUUCUAGACACUUCUAAUGGAGGAAGGGCACCAAGGAAUGCAGCCCAGCCUCAAAAAAGAAUAUAGUUUACAAUAGAAAGACUCCCAUGUUGGCAAGAGGUUCCUUUCUUGGGAUCUGAUUGUGGUGAGUGGACCUCUAACUAGCCUCAGGGCUCCAGUAAUGGGGAGAAGCACUACAAGCCCUGCCGGUGUGUCUGGAUGCAGAGAACUAGAUGCUCCCAAUAUUUCAAUUAAUGGGAAUAAGACAGCUAAGGCCAUGGGUGUGACUGCGGUGUUCUGUGUUACAGAGGUAGUUUCUUCUGGGAGCCAUCCAGGGGGAAUAGCCUUGGGUGUUGCCAUGGCAACCAUAAAACCAUGACCAAAUGGGGCUGUGACUGAAGUGAAAACACUCACUCAGCCUUAACCUGUGCCCUGAGUAGAUGACAAAGCUGGCACAGUGGUAUCAGGGUGGUGCCAGAGAAUCAAAAUGCUGCCGAAUCCCCAGUACAACAGCAAGGCCAGGAACUCUGGGCCCAGGAGGACUUGUAAUCCAUAAUUGUAAAUAAUCUGCUCUUCCCUCAAGCUCUGAUGUGACAUUAAGUACCUCAUUUCUGGAAGGAGGAAAUAAGCCUGGUAAAAGAUGUCAGAAGAGGGAGGGACUCACUGAGCAUCCUGAGGGAGAAAAAAAAAAUGAAAGGACUUUGUGAAAGGACUAUAAGAGGCUCACAGCUGGCAAGAGACAUCUGCAUCUUCCUGAAUAGUGGCAAAGUCUUGUCUUAUCGGUGACAGGAGACUCUCUCCCUCCCAGCCAACCACUGGGAUUCUGUCCAGACCAGCCUCAUGAUUCCCAUGAGUGGGGACCAGAAAUGGCAGCUAUGGACUAUUGAUGCAAUCAGGAGAGGCUUCCUGCAGGCAGACUAUCUCCAGGCUUGAAGAAUCAGUUAGGGGUGAUGUUCUCUUAGCUUAGGUGAGGCCCAGAGAAGUUCUAGAUUCUACUAUAGCUCCCCGCCCAGCUCCCUAUGAUGGACUAUGUAAUGGAAUGGCUUUGUUUACAUGCACUCAUGAGUGGCUGGUCAGCUCACAGCCUAGUCUUUUCUCUUGUAUUAGAGAUCCCCAAUAAAUACCAGCUGUUCCCGCAGUGUAAUGAUUAUUCAUAGUUAUACUUGCCUUUUACUGAGCACGUAUGCCUGCUGAUGCCACCUCUACUAUCCACAGCAGUUCUCCCUAACUCCUUUCAUCUCCAAGAACUCAGCCCCUUCUCCAGUUUGUUGCUGGAGCCUAGACUCUUUCAUCCUCAGGAAUGGCAGCCCCCAAGAGAAAAGCUAAGCACUAGAGUUUCUAAAUGUCACCAGGAGCCAAACCACUAAGGAGCUACUCAUUAAAUUCACCAGGAGCACAUUUUUAAAGUUCUGAAUGUUAAGGAUUCCCCAAGCAUCCACAGGGAUAAACGGGGUCAAGUGCUUCUGUAAUAUGAUAUUGAUUAGUCCUGCUCCAUGUGGACAGUGGUGAGGGCUUGCCUGUGGUCUAAACUUGGACUUUAUGGGGAUGCUAGCAAGGGUUUAAGAUAUUUUUGUAGCACAUGGGGAAAACAUAAUAUCUGUUUUAUUCCCCUGUGCUUUGAUGAUGCUUCCCGGGUAUCUUUCACAAACUCAUCUAGAGAAGUGAGAAGUCUGCAGGGAAGCUGAGAGUGAGUCAGUCCUGUACUUCCUCCCCGUUCCUACCUAUUCCUUAGGGAAGACAUUCUUCAGAGUAGUGCUUCCUGGGAAAUUAGUCUGGUGGCUUUGGUAGUUUAAAGGAAGAGGCUCUUGUAAAUACCAAAGAGUAUCAGGGCACCUCCAAGGUUAGGGUUUGACUCAUAUGGAGCACUGAGUGAUUGAUGGAGCAGACUGAGGAAAGCACUUGUCAAUGGGAAGCCCUCAGUAACUUGUUGAAGUAUAAGGCUGCAGCCUGCCUAUGUCCUUCCUGCAAUAGCCCUUGAGACACAGGCCUGCCCCUAAAACAUGCUCAGAUGGAGCAUGUCUUUGAAACAGUUGGAUUUCCUGUUCUGUCAUUAUCACCAUCUAGGAUAAAACAUCAGAGUUACUUUAGACUGGCUAAAAUGGACUGCUGUUACUGUCCUGUCAGUAGACUUUCUUUGGUGCCAGAUGUCUGUUCAAAAUAAGAAGGAAGCUGUGUUGGUGACUUUUCUCAGCACUGUGACAAGAUGCCUGAUAGAAGCGUCAUUUGUUUCCAGGGUUUCAGAGGGUUCAGUCAAUCAUGGCAGGAAAAACGUGGCAGCUCGAUGCUCUGUUUGUGGUCUAGUGGCUUCACAUACAGGAAGGAGAGAGCUCAGGUUGGAAGAAGAGCUGGGCUAUAAGCCUCCAAGGCUUGUUUCCAUUGACCCACCUCCUCCAGCCAUGCCUUCCAUCCCAAAGGUUCCAUUCCUCAACCUUAGGACAGUGUCACCAGCUAACAACCAAGUUGAGAACAUUUCACAUCAAACCAUAAUAGAAGCUCUUUCUCACUCCAAGUUCAAGGGUCCUUCUCCAUCUUUCUCAGAAGUGGCCAUCCUGUCAGAGGACUGCCACAAUGUUCUGACCACUCAGGAGUCUUUGAAGGCUGAUUGUCAACAAGACAUGUCUUACCAGAAACAAAUUGUCCACCCCGUGCUGUUAGUGAGUAAGGGAAGGGGGAAGGAUCUGUGUCAGUCAGUUCUCUGUCAUGCCACCCAUCCUUGUAGACUCAAACCACAAACCCAAUAAGUACUAGGAUAGCUUGGGAGGGAGAGUAGCCACCAUCAGUAACCGCUUCAUUGGUUCCCCUGACACUUUAACGAUUCCUGCUAUUCAGCUAGCUCAUCUGCAGGCAAAACCAGAUUUGCUUGCCAACAAAUUAUAUUUCUGGGCCUUGGAGCUCCAACCACCCAGAGUCACAGUAUUCAAUUUCCUUUCAUAAACACCACAUUUCCUCCUGACAUGUCCACCCGUGUGAGUUGGAAUCUUGGCUUCAUCACUGUCAUGAGUGAGUACUCUCCUCUGUGGGGAACCAGGUCCCAGGCUGCCUGUGUCAGAGGAGGUUAUCUGUUAAUUUUCACAGUUAAAUGAAUGAACCACUUGACAAAACAAGGAAGGAUUUAUUUUUUGCUUAAUUUAAGAGGCAUUGGUUCAUGUUGU